CGCAUGCGCUAAGCUCGUUUUGCCACUUGUCAGGCUCAGCUGAAACUGUUCAUCUGAUUGCAACGCGUGCUCCUUUCUUUUCGCUGAAAACUUUGCAAAUCUAUUGAGAUGUCUGGAAAAUCAAAGGCUUUUACCAAGGAAGAGGAGCUGCUGCUCCAAGAUUUCUCCAGGAACGUUUCUACUAAGUCGUCAGCCCUUUUCUACGGCAAUGCCCUUAUUGUAUCGGCCAUUCCCAUCUGGCUUUUCUGGAGGAUUCACUUAAUUGAUCUUUACUCAAAUUUGAUCUCUUUUGCUCUCAUUACUCUUCUCAGUACGUACGCAUUGGCAUUUGCCUACAAAAACACAAAAUAUGUUCUUAAGCACAAGAUUGCUGUUAAGAGAGAAGAUGCUGUUACUAGGGAAAUGAGCCACAAACUUGCUGGAGACAAGAAAAUGGGCCGUAAAGAGAAAGAUGAGAGGAUUCUGUGGAAAAAGAACGAAGUAGCUGACUAUGAAGCAACUACUUUCUCAAUCUUCUACAACAAUGCUCUGUUUCUUGCUUUCGUCAUCAUCUGUUCAUUCUAUGUUCUGAAAACAUUCUCGCCAGCUGUUAACUACAUUUUCUCUGUCGGUACCGCAAGUGCUCUUCUCGCUUUGCUGUCCACUGGCUCUCAGUAAAUGCCUUCUAGUUCGUUGUCACUCAUUCCUGAUUGCAAGAUGUUUUUGUUAAGUUAUUCCGUGAUAAGACUUUGUUCGCUCAAAUUUUUUUAUUGAGUGAAUCUUUUUAUACAAAUAUAUAACUAGGUGAGAAAUGAAAAUAAAAAUUUAUUUAUAGUACAAUUACAA